GUCAUCAUAUGCCAUUCAAAACAAAGUGAAAAAAGCCAGAAAAAGGAAGAAACAAGAACAAUCUUUUAUCAAAUUAAAAUAUUUUUAAAAUCGUUUAAAACAAUCCAAAUCGUGCCAUGUUUAGUAGAAAGAAGCCGGAACCCAAAAAGAAGCGAAAUCAUGAUUUGUCUCAGUUUGGCUUAACAGAAAUACCCGAUGAUUUUGAUCCAUCAGGAGGAGGGCACGAUGACGACGAUGACGAUGACUUUGAGUCUGAACUCGCUGCCAUAGUUGGCGGUGGUGCUAAACUAAAACCGAAGGCUAAACCAAAGCCUACACUUAUUCCUGCGUCAGACUUGGAUAAGAUGAUUUCUGAAAGCAUGCGAGACAUUGGUAGUGAUGAAGACAUGUCCGAUGAUGAUGACGAUCCGGAAUUAUUGGGAGAACUUCAAGGAAUUGCUGGAGGCGAUCUAGAAGCCGAACAACCGAGUCCAUCAGAGGAGAAAGAGGCUCAAGCCCAACAGACGUUCCUUCCCACAACCACAACAGAUACUAUUUCGAUCAUUAAGUCUCGCAUUGAAAUGUAUAAGCUUGCAGAAGCUGCCGCUAAAGGUGCCGGUGAAUCAGCCAAAGCACGCCGAUUCAAUCGAGGUCUCAAAACUCUUAAUGAUUUGCUAAAGCAAUCAGUUGCUGGAAAUUCAAUAAACGUCGAUGAUAUUCCCCCAGAGAUAAGUGUGAAGUCAAUUAAGCCUCCUGCAGAACCAUCUGCUGAGGCUCAAGAACCUCCAAAAGUUUCUCCUAGACAAGCACCAACAGUCCCGUCAAGGCCUGCUCCGGGUCCCCCUCCGCCGGUGCAGAAAACCCCCUCAGUUGAAGAGAAACCUGCAGCAGUCGAAGAAGAAACUAAAGUAGAGAAUCCAGUUCUGGAAAAAUUAAAUGCACGCAAGCAAGAGUACAAGAUUGCUGCGCUUACAGCCAAAAGAUCUGGAGAUACCGCCUUGGCUCUGCAGUUUGUGAAAGUGCUAAAACAAUUUGACAUGGUCAUUAAACUGUGUGAAGAAGGAAAAGAAGUCGACUUGAGUGAUAUGCCACCUCCUCCUGGUGAGUUUGCAGAGUUCCUGGCGAAAAUGCAAGCUGGAGCUGCUGAAGAGCCGGCUGAAGUGCCAGCAGCAGCCCCAGAACCGACUCCUCCACAGCCCGAGGAGCCUCUAACAACAGCCACUACUAUGCUGGAGGCCUUAGAACAACGUCUCCAGAAGUAUAAGUCAGUUGAAGAGGGUGCAAAGGCAGAGAACAACUCGAGCAAAGCCAGACGUUUUGGUCGUAUAGUCAAGCAAUACGAGGACGCCAUAAAGAGCUACAAAGCUGGCAGGCCGGUUGCCUUUGAUGAACUACCUACUCCACCUGGGUUCGGUCCUCUGCCUGGCAGUGGUGAUGCACCUGCUGCACCACCCACGCCUGCUGCUUCUUCGCCUGUACUGCCACCAAAACCGGCAGCGCCAGUUGUCACUCCCGAGGGAGAUGCGGAUGGUAGUGAAGGAACUCCAAAACCGACGCAGAAACCUUCACCCAAAAAGGAAUUGACUACACGAAUGUCUGGAAAUCAACAUAGCACGAAUUUGGCUGAACAACAAAUGAAAAUUCUAUUGGAACGACAAAAGGAAUUUAAGGUUGCGGCCAUUGAGGCAAAGAAGGCUGGAGAAAUUGAUCAGGCUAAAGAAUAUCUAAAAAUCUACAAAGGUUUCGAGGGUUUACUUAAUGCUGCUAGCAGUGGACUUCCAGUGGAUUUAAAUACGCUUCCUUUGCCACCGUCACAACGAGAAAACCUAGAAGCAUCUUUUGCAAUUGUCAACCAAGGAGACUGUGAUCCAAAUGAUGAUAUAUCCGAUAUAAGUGUUCGACUAGAAGAGCAAUUGGCUAAGCAAUUAAUGAUGUGCAAGAACACUAGAGAUCAUCACAAGGCUAUGGGCGAUGUUGCCGGCAUGAAUAGGUUUGAAAAUUUAGCUCUGACUGUCCAGAAAGAUUUAGAUUUACUUCGAUAUUCGAAGAGGAAGAAUUUCCCGUUGCCGAAAUUCCACUAUGAACAAAAGAGUUUUAAUAUUGUUCACUGCAAUACGGAUAUAUCCGACAAUGAGGUCGAGAUUAUGGUUGUACGUGGUCUAAACUAUAAUGUUCCAAAUCCAAAAGAUGUCGAUACUUAUGUUAAAAUUGAGUUUCCAUAUCCUCAGGAAGAUUUUUUCAAGGCUAAAAGUUCAAUUGUCCGAGACACAGAUAGUCCGGAAUAUAAUGAAAGAUUCAAUGUAGAUAUUCAACGUUCCAAUAGACAAUGUCAGAGGAUAUUCAAACGACAAGCUGUUAAAUUUGAAGUCUAUUCACGAGGAUGCUGUGGAAUUUGUCGAAAAUUGCCAAUGUGUUGUUUCAGCGGUUUCCUGCGCUCGGACAUACUUAUCGGAACGGUCAGUGUUAAACUACAGCCACUCGAAACUAAAUGCGAAAUUCACGAUACAUAUGAUCUAAUGGAAGGACGAAAAACUGUUGGUGGCAAACUUGAGAUUAAAGUUAGAGUGAGGAAUCCAAUUCUAACAAAACAAAUCGAACACAUAAAUGAAAAGUGGCUUAUUUUGGAUACAUAGAAAGUGAUACUCUUGGUGGAUUAUUUAUAUUUCAAAAAAUAUUAUUAAAUAAUUGACUUACAUUUUUAUUUUGUCAAAAAAUUAUUGUUAUGUUAUGUUGCUGAUGGAACAAAAAUGCGUUGCAUUUAACCUUGAUUUGUAUUGUAAUUUAAAAUAAAACAAAAAAACUACGUUUAAAAACUCAAAA